AUGCCUCAUUCGCUGCUGCAGUCACAGAUGACCCAUGUCCUUGAGGCAUUCGGUCGUUAUUCUUCCUUGGACAAACUCAUGUCAAUCUACCAAGCAACCAAUAGGACCUCCUUCAACUGGACAGACAGCCGAAUUGUUGAGUGGGAAAAAUUUGCUGAACUGGCUAAAUAUGAGCCAGAAUCCCAGAAACCAACGGUGAAAGCUCUCCUCAUUGUGGCCUACUCAGUGAUCAUCAUCAUGUCCCUCUUUGGGAACAUGCUGGUGUGCCACGUGGUACUCAAGAACAAGAGGAUGCACUCAGCCACCAGCCUCUUCAUCGUCAACCUGGCGGUGUCGGACAUCAUGAUCACGCUGCUCAACACUCCCUUCACCCUGGUUCGAUUUGUGAACAGCACGUGGAUCUUUGGGAAGGCCAUGUGUCACAUCAGCCGCUUUGUGCAGUACUGCUCGCUGCACGUUUCCACGCUCACCCUGACGGCCAUCGCCCUGGACAGGCACCAGGUCAUCCUGAACCCACUGAAGCAAAGGAUGUCGCUAACAAAAGGUGCUCUGAGCAUCUCGGUUAUCUGGCUGAUGGCGACGUGCUUCUCCCUGCCUCACGCUAUCUACCAGAAGCUUUUCCAGUACAACUACAGGGAAACCACUGUGCGGAGUUUGUGCCUCCCUGAUUUUCCUGAGCCUGCAGAACUGGUCUGGAAAUACCUGGACCUCUCCACCUUUCUGCUCCUGUACUUCCUGCCCCUGCUCAUCAUCACUGUCACCUACACGCGCCUGGCCAAGAAGCUGUGGCUGCGCAACGCGAUAGGAGACAUCACCACGCAGCAGUACAUCACCCACCACAGGAACAAGAAGAAGAGCAUCAAGAUGCUGGUGGUGGUGGUGGUGGUCUUUGCUGUCUGCUGGUUCCCCCUCAACUGCUACGUCGUGCUCAUCUCCAGCCUGGGUAUCAAGACGAAGAACUCUCUCUAUUUUGCUCUACACUGGUUUGCCAUGAGCAGCACCUGCUACAACCCUUUCAUCUACUGCUGGCUGAAUGAGAGCUUCCGCUCUGAGCUCAAGGCCUUGCUCUGCAUGUGCCAGAAGGUGCCGCAGACGCAGGACCGUGUGCUGCCGCCUGUGAUCGUGUCGUGCCGCGAGGCCUGGAUGGAGCAAGCCAGCUGCAAGAAGGCACCUUCCUCACAGACCUUUCGCUCUACCGUGAAUGUGCGGACAGGCAACACAGACUUGUGA